GUGGACUUGAAGGUGGAUACAUUGACAACCAAUCAGCAUACCACCCAAGGACACACCUCCAGUCGCAACAUCACAGGUGUACAUAUACUAGAUAACUGGAUACUGGAUAAAAAUCAGAAUUCAGAUAACCAUGCAGACUGAGAAAAGAAUAAACCUAGAGGAACCUCGGUAUGACCAAGGAACAUUUACUGGUAGAGCCAGGCAUUUUUUUAUAACAACCAAUCCAUUUAAUAUACUAGCAACCUCACAACAAUUAGAGGAUGCAAAAGGAGUGGUAGAAAGAUAUAGAAAAGGGGAAACAUUAGGUGCACUCAAUGUAUCACCUGAUCAGUUGUGGCAGGCCAAACAUUUAUAUGAUUCUGCAUACCAUCCAGAUACAAAGGAGAAAAUGUUCUGGGCAGGAAGGAUGUCAGCUCAGGUUCCCAUGAAUAUGGUCAUCACUGGUUGUAUGAUGACAUUUCACAAGACCCCACAAGGGAUUAUAUUUUGGCAGUGGUUUAAUCAGAGUUUUAAUGCUGUUGUUAAUUACACAAACAGAAGUGGAGAUGAGCCUAUAUCUAAAAAACAGCUUGGCUUAUCAUAUGUAGGAGCCUCAGCAGGUGCCAUUGGUACAGCUAUGUCUAUAAACAGUCUUGUAAAGAGAUUUCCACCUAUUGUUGCCAGAUUUGUACCAUUUAUUGCUGUGGCAUCUGCUAAUUGUAUAAAUAUACCAAUGAUGAGAAGUAGGGAAUUAUUAGAAGGUAUACCUGUUUAUGAUGCUGAUGGCAACAGAGUUGGAGAAUCUAGAAAGGCAGCAGAAAAGGCCAUAGCAUUGGUUCUAGUUUCUAGAAUUUGUAUGGCAGCACCUGGAAUGUUAACCCCACCAUUUAUAAUGCAUGCUCUGGAAAGCAAAGCUUUCAUGAAGAGAAUGCCAUGGUUGAAUGCUCCAGUGCAAAUUGGACUUGUAGGAUUUUUUUUGUUGUUUGCCACUCCAUUGUGUUGUGCAUUGUUUCCACAGAAAAGCUCCAUGCAUAUAAACCAUAUUGAAAAAGAAUUGCAAGAAAAACUUUCCGCAUCAAGUCCACACGAUUGUGUCUACUUCAAUAAAGGGCUUUAAUAACAAUCUUUGACUUAUUGUUAGUAUGAUAGCUGAGUUACAUCUGAAGCAUAUUGUGUGAAAUGCCAAAAUGAUAUUCUGAUGUUGAUACCGAGUAUUAUAAAAUGUGACUGUCAUCUGAACUGCUACAUGAAUGUGUUUUUUUGUCAUUGUUAUGAUGAUUAACAUGCUUCUUUGUGAUAUCAUGAAAGUAAACUAAUGAUUUUCAGUCUUCAUAAUUAAGUUUUCUUCCAUUUAAGUUCAUUUCAAUAUCUGUCAUAAUCAGUUUUAAAAAUAUUUUCCAAAUCUCAUCGCUCUAAGGCCAUAAAAAAGAAUAUGUUUGUUUGCCCUAACCCUACCUUCAAUUUCUCUUUGCCGAAAAAAAAAAAAAAGAAAAUGCCUACCUACCUACCCACUGUCUCUACCUUUGGGUAGAGUUUGGACAAACCAAAAUAUUUUUAAGUGUGGCCUAAAGGAAAUGGCUUUUCUAAUGAUACAUAUAAAGUGAUGAGUCAGGUUUUUGUUUUGUUGUAGCUUUAAACAUAUUUACGUAGAUACAGUAAUUUUUAUCUAGUGAAUAAACAUUUGUUAGUCCACAUAGGAUUUAAGAAUAGAUAAUCAUUACUUUUUAAUCCCCAUCUUGCCAAGAUUGUUUUUAUUUUCAAGAUUUUAAUAUACCAUCCAUUGCAACCAACCAAAUUACCUUCAAAAAUUCAAGAAUACACUGCUUAUAAAUAAACAAUUCUCAGCACAAACAUUAUAAUGAAAAUUAGAGAAAUAUAAUAAUUUUUAAAGAAAGUGCUAUUUAGUCGAAAUAGAUCUACCAUCUUACCUCUGAACUUUUCACCUAAAAGAAAUGAUUUCAAAUGGUUAUGGUUUAUGUAUCAAACAUAGAAAAAUAUUAUAAAAAAAAGUUUGCAAACAAAUGCCAGAUGUGCUGUUGUUGUUGCUCAAUUGUAAUUCAAAAAUGUUCUCUUUCAAUAUAUUGUUAAAUAUCAAAUGUCUAACAAGAAUUUUAAAAUUGUAAGUAUUAUAAUAACAAGAUUAUGAUAAAAAUAAACCAUUAAUGAAUUAAAUAUAAUUUUAGAAAUUUAUUAAGCCUUCAUAUUUUUGGAAGGAAAAAUAGAUUUAGUCUUAAAAAAUAUCAUAUGGUGUAUCGGUCUGGUAAAUAUAUAUAUUUAUGAGAUGAAAUAUGAAGUAACUGAUUUAUAAUGUUUGAUUUUGUAUAAAUUUUUACUGUAUUUAUUUUUUGAAAAGUUUGUAUUGGUAUAUAUACACUUUAUAUUCUAAUUUUUAAAUUUAAGGCUUAUGGUGAGAUUGGGGGAACUGAAAAAUCAAAAUUAAAAUAUUGCACAAGGAGACCACCAGAACAUAUAGUAAUAGAUUUACUAUAAAAAACAGUCAAGUUAUCAAGUGAUUAAAAAUGUACUUAAAAUUUCUAAAUUUUAUGUUUAAGAAAAUAUUACAAUAUUUAGGGGUGUCUGUGCUUGAUGCACGAUGCACAAAUUCUCAAAUGUCAUUUCUUAGUCGGAAAUCAAAAAAAUGAAAAUCAUUAAAUUGUAAAUUUGUAGGUUUUUCUUUAUAAUACCAUAAACAUUUUGACAUUGUGCAAUACAAUGAAGAUGUCAAUUGAUCAAAUAGUCACUAAAUUGCAGUGAAUGAUUGUUUUGUUUUUUUUUGUUUGUUGGUGUUUAACAACAUUCACUUUCAACAAACUUGACUAUAUCAUGGCAACCAUUUUUUUUUAUUUAGGAAGCACUAGUACUCAGGGAGAACUACUAACCUUCAGCAGAAAAAUUGGCAAUCCUUGUCAAUUAAGGUUUUAUUAUUGUAGUGAAUAAGCAAUUUUUUAAGAGGUUUUUCUUCAAGGCCAGUGGCAGAAACUUCUUAAAAAAUGGUUUAUUUACUACAGUAAUGUAAUGUAUGUUCCCUAUUGGUAUUUUGAAAUAAGAAAUUAAGGUUUUAGUCAAACACACCUUGCCUAGGACGGGGCAUCAGUUGACAGGCUUGUGAUGACUGUAGAUGAACUACUUAGACCACUUGGCUACUGUGGUCCCCCGGUGAAUGACAUUUGUUCAUCAAAUUUUAUAAAGAGUUACAUGUAUUAAAAGUGGAUUUUAAAUUUGUUACUAAAAGGAUGUAAUGCAUUCCAGUUUUAGAAUUGUACUCAAUCCAUUGAAUGCUCUCAUCAUCAUGGUACAUGUAUUAGCAAUUAUGUUAGUUCAAGCUUAUUUGAAUACAAAUAUUUGAAUUUGUCUUGUAUCAAAUUUAGAGCUUUCAGUUUGACUUCAGCAUCAUGGAACUAGAUCUGAAUUUUGUAGCUCUAUUUUUCAUUUAAGUACGUCGCUUUUAAUCAGAGUGCUUUUUCUAAAUUUGCUCAUGAAUGUGAUAUGAAAUUUUGAUUUAUUUUUUUCAUCUUUGCUUGGUGGACAAAUAAUCUUAAAUUAUUAAUUUCAUUAAUCAAUAAAAGUCGGAAAGGUAAAAUAAGAUAUUUUAUAUAGUAAAUGGUACGUUGUUUGUUUUUAAAAUAUUAGAAAGUUAUUGGAAUGCAGUGCAUGCUAGUCAUGUGAAUUAACUAUUUUAAAAGUUUUCUGUCCAGAAGAUUAUUCAGAUAAGCAUAUAUUUUGUAGUACAUUUGUUUUAAGAACAUAAAAAAUUCUUGAAUUUUUAUCUACAAUUCAUAUAUAGAUGGUAAAUAUACUCUUUUAAACACUCGCAUUAAUGUAUGAAACACUUUUCUUGUUUUUAAUCAUUGUUAUCUUCUCUGAUAUAAUUGUUGCUGUUGAAAAUAAAGUUGCAUAAAUUUU